UACGAUGAUGUGCAAGGUGUUGGCACCACCUUUUCCCAGUUAUUUAUUCGGGAGCAAGUGUUCAGAAAAGGUGUUUCGUGCUUCCUCUCUCACCUUUUUGUGUGAUGUGAAAUAUGGGGACAAAUUACAUCUCCUACCAGCGCAGGGAGUUCGACAGCGAGGAGCCAGUUGUGCUUCUGGAGAUCGGGAAGCGUCCAACAGUCCCACAUCCGUUGCCACCACUUCCAUCGUCCUACUGUCAAUAUUUCUUGACCGGUGGUCCAUCAGGUGUCCGUCUACCACCCUCCUACACCACUUCACUCUAUCCAACGUCCUCUUCUGCGCUUGAGACCCAUCGCGAUUGUCAUCCGGCAGCCAAUCUGCCCAGCGAUUGGAAGGAGAGGGCUCAGCAGACGGAGAGAGAAUACAAGAAGUCGGCUUGCGAUCGUGAGAGAACCAGGAUGAGGGACAUGAACAAUGCCUACGAUUUGUUAAGGAGCAAGUUGCCGGUGCCUAAGCCAUCAGGGAAGAAGUAUUCCAAGAUUGAGUGCCUUAAACUUGCCAUCAGUUACAUUCAGUAUCUGCAAAGUAUACUAGAAAAACCGGAUGAUCCACAAUUUUCCCCACCUGUACACACAUCUACUGCCCAGUGUUACUAUCCGCACGGCAUCUCCACUUCUGAACUUCCGCCACCUCCAACCAUUCUGCUGCCACCCCAUCCACCCACAAAUCCCACCGAGGUGCCCAACGUGUGGCAAGUGGGCACCAGUAGCAGCAUGAAUUUAUAUUAUCACCCAUAAAUGGCGCUAAUUAGUGAAUUUUGGCAUGGUGAUAGUGGUUGAGUGCACAAUUUUCCAACAUUGAGCGCAAGUGGCAGUGAAACUAUUAUUUAAUAUGAGAAUGAAAUAUAAUAAUAUGCAAUUACCGUUUAUUCCAUAUGAA